CACGCGGCCACAUCGAUCUUAGUGUCGCUUCGGUCGCUCCAGUGUCGUGUGGUGUGAUUGGCGUAAGAAGGCAAUAAUUGUUAAAAUUCAGUUGCUGGACAAAUAUAUUUGAGCCGUUAUCAUUCCCCAUUGUACUAAAUUGAGAUCUGCGGGCGUGCCUCCUACGCGUAUCAGGGUGCUAAUAAUGUCAGAAGAAGUGAAGGAGGAAGCAGAGGCAGAGUUUGAUACCAGGUCAGAGGCCUCAACUUCAAGUGGCAGCAGUGGGAGUUCCUCUACGAGCGAACCCAGCGUAUCUUCACUGUCCUCUAAGGCUGAAUCAUCUUCAUCAGAUGAGGAUGAUGAUGAGAAAGAAGACUUCUCAGAGAUUGUGAAGGAGAAGGAAAGCUCACCAGAGGUUGGGACAGAUGUUAUAGAAAAAGGAAAGAGAGAGAGGGGAAUUUCUCCGAUUCAAUAUGAAUCCCCUCCAAAAUUUGAACCACCUCCCAAAUCAAGCACCAGUACCAGUAGUUCCAAGACCAAGAAGGUGAAGGCUUAUGAUUAUUUCACCAAAUUGAACUACCUCUUUCGAGAUGCAAGAUUCUUCCUGCUGAAAAGUAAUAAUGCUGAGAAUAUUACAUUGAGCAAGGCCAAAGAAGUGUGGUCCACACCACCACAAAAUGAAGCAAAGCUCAAUCAGGCAUUCCGUGAGUGUCGAAAUGUCCUCCUCCUAUUCUCGGUCAAGGAGAGUGGGAAGUUUGCUGGGUUUGCAAGACUUGGCAGUGAAUCAAGACAUGAUGUUCCCCCUAUUUCAUGGGUGCUCCCUCCAGGAAUUCCUGCAAAGGCAUUAGGUGGAGUGUUUCAAGUGGACUGGAUCUCAAGAAAAGAGUUGGCUUUCACAAAAACUCAGCAUCUGUACAACCCAUGGAACGAAGGGAAGCCAGUCAAAAUUGGACGAGAUGGCCAGGAGAUAGAGCCUCGAGUAGCUGAAGAGUUGUGCCGCUUGUUCCCUGAGGACACUGGAAUUGAGCUGACACCAAUCCUUUACAAGUCAAAACGUGCAGCCCGUAAUGUGAAGCCAAAGAUGCCUCAACAGACGAUUAUGCGGGGAAGAUUCCGUGGCAGUGGUCGAAGGGGUGGCGGUGAUGCUUUCCCUAGGUAUAGUUGGCGCAGUGACCGUUCCCCAGCCAGGUACAGUGGGAGGCCCAUGAAUGGUGCUUAUAGUGAUUUGUUGAGGGAUUUCCGUGGUGCAUUACCUCCAUUCCCCCCUCCACCUCAUCUUCCAUAUCCUCCUCCAAUGUUUGACCCCCUGGCAGCUCCUCCUCCUAGAUACUACGAUGGACCACCAAUGCCCGACUACCAUUCUCGCUCACGAGACAAACGCUCAGACUUUCUUGAGUAUGAAGAGAAGAAUGUCCAAGUGCAAGCAGAAAUGGCUUUCCUGAGCAAAGGACUUAGCAGGAAGGAACAUGUUAAUGAUUUUGGAAUGGUUGCCCAGCACCGACUGGGUUGUCCCGCCGUCGCGGCGAGCUGUCAGAGACGGAGGACCGGUCACGGUCGAGAUGCAACAUCGUUAUGA